AGCGAGAAGGGACUAACUCCAAAUUAAUUAAUUUGCAAAACAUAGAGUCCAUUUAGUAUGAUUUGUCUUAGGUGGACAAAAAUAAAACCGAACAAGAGAAAGAGAGCGAUUUUAACGCUAUGCUCUAUAUUUUAAGGUUUCAAACACUUCGCUUUCAGUUACACAACAGAGAAAAAGAACAAGAAGAUGAAGAUAAAGAUGAAGAUGAAGAAGAAGAAGAUGGGUCCUCUUACAAUGGAUACCAUCUUUGAUCUCAUCGAAGAAGCUAAGCUCCGUUUUCUUUGGUGGGCUCUUUGUAUAUUCGCCAUUUCCUAUUUCUUAACUCAUACAAGUAAAUCAAUGUGGAUGAAUCUACCAAUGUCCAUUCUUUUUUGCGCUGGUCUAAGGAUUCUUAUGAACAAAGUGGAGUUUCGUUGGAAGGUUCAGCCACCAAAAUUACAAACUUACCUAUCACAUUUAGAGAAAAAGCAGUUGCUUAUAGACGAUGAACGCCUCUCUACUUCACCUGCCCCUCCAAAAUGGAAGAAGAAGAUUGAUUCUCCUGCAGUAGAGGCUGCUUUGAACGAUUUCAUUGAUUUGAUAUUGAAGGAUUUCGUAAUAAAUAUGUGGUAUGCAGACAUUACUUCAGAUGGCGAGUUUCCUGAGCAAAUACGUGACUUAAUCAUGGAUGCUCUUGCUGAAGUCUCGGUUAGGGUUAAAGAGAUAAACAUUGUUGAUUUGCUCACAAGUGAUAUAGUUGAUUUAAUAAGCGAUCAUAUCGACCUCUUCAGAAGAAAUCAAGCUGCCAUAGGUAGGGAUGUUAUGUUAACACUGUCUUCUGAGGAAAGGGAUGAAAGAUUGAAAUUCCAUCUGAUGAACUCCAAGGAGCUUCAUCCAGCACUAAUAUCUCCAGAGAGUGAGUACAAGGUUCUUCAGAAGCUAAUGAGUGGAGUACUAGCUACAGUACUAAGAAAACCAGAAGCUCACGUUCCAGUCGUUCGAUCAAUAGCUCGCGAAAUUUUAACCUGCUUGAUAUUGCAACCUGUAAUGAAUUUGGCAUGCCCUGCGUAUAUCAAUGAGCUGGUUGAGUCUCUUCUACUUGUCUUUAAUGUCGGGGAUAUAAAUUGGAUGGGCGGUGGAGAUCAGAGUUCAAAUGCUACAACACUUAAUCAUGAUAAUCACACAGCCUCUGCUGAUUGGGCGCAAAUGCUGGAUGCUGCAACUCAGAGAAGAACUGAAGUUCUUAUGCCUGAGAAUCUUGAGAACAUGUGGACAAGAGGAAGGAACUACGGAAGGAAAAAUCAUAAAAAUGCCAAAUCCGGCUCUACUUCAAAAUAUUCUUCUGUAGAUCAGUCACUGUUAGAUAGACAUAUCGCUCAUCAUGAAACAUCAGCGAGUAAACCUUGUGGAACACAUGCUUUUCCAUUGCAUAGUGUUGGUUCAGAUACCAUACUAUAUGAUGUCAGCACAACUAUGCCGGAGUAUUCAGCAGAUCAUGACAAGGAUUUAUUUUUUGAAGCAGAUCGUCAAUUUGAUGAAGCGAGUGAUAUCAAGGAUCCUGGUUUUAAUAAACAUAAACUUUCACUCAAGAGAAUUGCAAGUACUUCUGUCGUCGGAACCCACCCUCAUAAAGGUGGGCUCAGUGCUUCCGAGUUCCAUGCCCCUGAAUUUAAAAAGAAUGAAGGGUUUCGAGGAAAGAGUAGUUCUGACAUGGUUAUUAAGAAAGAGGGACAAGGUGUUCCAAAGCUUCGGUGCCGGGUGAUGGGAGCAUAUUUUGAGAAACUUGGAUCCACUUCUUUUGCUGUAUAUUCCAUUGCUGUGACUGAUGGGCAAGAAAAAACGUGGUUUGUAAAACGAAGAUACAGGAACUUUGAGCGAUUGCAUCGACAUCUAAAACAUAUUCCCAAUUACACAUUACAUUUGCCUCCGAAAAGGAUAUUUUCCUCAAGCACAGAGGAUGCCUUUGUACAUCAGCGUUGCAUUCAACUAGAUAAAUAUAUCCAUGAUCUCCUGUCGAUAGCUAAUGUUGCUGAACAACAUGAAGUAUGGGACUUCUUAAGUGUUUCCUCAAAGAAUUACUCAUAUGGGAAAUCUUCUUCAAUGAUAAGGACCCUGGCAGUCAAUGUUGAUGAUGCCGUGGAUGAUAUUGUACGGCAGUUUAAAGGUGUUUCAGAUGAUAUAAAGCGAAUAAUUGUCACUGCAGCAUCUCCAACUGCUGAAAGUUCUAAUACAUCUUUCCCUUGGAACAUGGAUGAUGUGGAUAGAAGUACUCCUAAGAAAAAUGCUACAGAGAGUGCGUUGAGUUCUGAUAAUGAGGAAGGUGAAAAAGAAGCCAAUAAUGGCCAUGAGAAUAUUGAUAGAGAAAUAGCAGAAGAUAAUGCGUGUCAUUCUGACAAUGAACCGAGUUCGAAGGAUUAUUCACAAGGGGUAACAAACCAUGGUAAUGAGUCUAGUAACUUGGAUGUUCCAGUUCCAGCUAUAAACGGAACUCUAAGUCAUGAUAAUCCGGACGAUACGAUUCAAGUGCCGCCUGAGUGGACCCCACCUAAUGUGACUGUGCCUAUUCUGAAUUUGGUUGACAACAUAUUUCAGCUUAAGAAAAGAGGCUGGCUGAGAAGACAGGUCUUUUGGAUAUCAAAACAGAUAUUACAGUUGGUGAUGGAAGAUGCAAUUGAUGAUUUGCUCUUGAGUGAGAUUCAUUGGCUCCGGAGAGAGGAAACCAUUGCCCAAGGAAUUCGGUGGAUCCAAGAUAUCCUCUGGCCUGGCGGUACGUUUUUUUUAAGAGUUCAGACCCCUGGGGUGUUCAUUGGUGGCGGUGUAAUUGAUCACAAGCCAUUACAACCUAUAAGUGAAUCUGGUGGAAGGAACACCCGCAAAUCACAGUUAGGGUGUUUUGAGGAACAACUAGAAGCUGCUCGUAGAGCAAGUGAAUUGAAGAAACUGCUCUUUGAUGGAGCUCCAGCAGCCUUAGUUAGUUUAAUCGGACAGAAGCAGUACAAACGUGUUGCCAGUGAUAUAUAUUACUUUACUCAGUCUUCCAUAUGUGUGAAGCAACUUGCUUAUGCAAUCCUUGAACUUCUCCUUGUAUCUAUCUUCCCCGAAUUGCGCAAUGUAAUCAUGAGUGUGCAUGAGAAUGCGCGUGCUCACAAACCUGUAUAGACUAUACGAGUUCCUCUUCGGCUGCUUGGAGUAAGCUUGCUUAUAUUCAAGAUCAAAUUUUUGUGAUAUGUUGUUAUUUUUAUGGCUUUGAUAAAUAGUACUCAUUUUAUGAGAAAAAGAAAAAAGAGAGAGCCAUGAUUGAUGGUUUUUUUCUCUCCACUAUAGAGAAAUUCUUUUGUAAACAUAUAGAUUAUGUACAGAAAGAUUCAUUUUUGUAUUGUGUGGUAGAAUGGUGAAAUGCAUCUAGUCAUAUAGUGAAUUUUUUUUAUCAAUCA